UUUCAAGUUAACAGUCGCCGCAGUGCUGCACCGCCCAUUUAUUGUCAGUUGAAGUUGCUAACUUGGCUAAUUACUACAGGUUGAAUUGGAAAUUGUUCGCUUAACAUUUAGUUGUUACUUGCUACUUAUCUGUUACAACUGCCUGUCACAACAACAGCGUCGAUAAACACGGUCGAUAAAACGUGUGUGUGUGUGUGUUUUCAUCACGAUGUUUGUGUCUUGUAGGCUGGAGGCUGUAUUGCAUGGACGUAUAGUAAAAAUGUAAUAUAAUAGUAAGAACUUAUAAUAGCCUAUAUCCAUGCUGUGUGGUCUGUAGCUCGUAGCAAUGGAUGUAUUAUUAGAGUCACUAUCAGUAACUGGGCGGCGCCAGUUGGUCCACAUGAUGCGGAAACUUAUUAUAAUUCAUGAUUCACAAUACAACGUACAAAUCAGCAGAUCUACAAUGAAAACUGAGAUUUAAAAGUUCCUUUGCGAAUGUCCAACACGCCACACUGCUGAGUAGAUAAGUUAACCGUGCUGCAGAGAAAAAAGGACACACAGAGGUAGCUGCUUGUUUGCACUUAAGGCUGUUAUGUAGGCUGCGACUUUCAUAGCCUGUCACCCUCUGUGAAGUAUAGACCACUGUAGAGGUAAAAUCUGUGCUUUUCCUGCACUUAUUUGAAAGGUGGGAACGACUUGAGCUAUUUUACAGUAACAAUCUGCCUUCAGAAACACAACUAAUCUCUCUUCUGCAUCUUUGUACACACUACAAAACUGGGAUCUGCAUUUUUUCCUCUUAUUUUCUGCUUGUUAUGUGAUGGAUCACUUGGAGAUGAUCCUUCCCCUGGUCUGGAUGACUAUUGGACACCCUGGUGAAUUAUUAACCCCAUCAGCUCCUUCCACAACAUCCCAGAUGGACAAACAAGAACAGAGGAGGAGACAGCCAAGGUCAUUGUUAAACACAUGGCAGAUGAAAUCCACUUCAGGGUAGAGAAGUUGACCAUUAACCCUGCCUACUGAUUGCAAACACCUCUCCACUUGUAACCAGCUGCUUCCACACUGUGAAUCCUGAAGCAAAGUUCACUGUCACAGGCAGCAGAGGUCUGUCAAACGGCAGGAGUUUGCUCUCUCCUCUGGAUUGUCUUUUAUUUUUCUCCAUUUUUGUGGGAAUAAAUCUGCAGUCAUGGCUACGGCAAGUUACGGAUACUACAGAGGCACUAUAUUUUUAGCCAUGUUUGUUGGCUACACGCUGUACUACUUUAACAGAAAGACUUUCUCCUUUGUGAUGCCUUCUGUAAUGCAAGAGAUUACGCUGGAUAAAGAUGACCUGGGCAUGAUCACCAGCAGUCAGUCUUUGGCCUACGCUAUCAGUAAGUUCAUCAGCGGCGUGCUUUCAGACCAGGUCAGUGCCCGCUGGCUCUUCUCCAUUGGCUUGUUCAUGGUGGGAGGCAUCAACGUGGUUUUCUCCUGGUCCUCCACUGUAGCCGUCUUCUCUGGCCUGUGGUUUCUCAACGGCCUUGGCCAGGGUCUUGGCUGGCCUCCCUGUGGCAGGGUGCUGCGCAAGUGGUUCGAGCCCUCUCAGUUCGGGACAUGGUGGGCCAUUCUCUCCUGCAGCAUGAAUCUGGCUGGCAGCUUGGGCCCCAUCAUCGCCUCAGUGCUGGCCCAGAGCUACAGCUGGAGGACGAUCCUGUCGGUCUCUGGAAUGGUUUGCGUGGUGGUCUCCUUUGUCUGCCUGCUGGUCAUCAAGAACGAGCCUAAGGACGUGGGGCUGCCCAAUGUAGAGGCAGCAGCCAAGAAAAGCAAAGGAAAAGCCUCCAGCGAUGAAAGCACCCUGUCCGAGUUCCUGCUGUCACCCUACCUGUGGCUGCUCUCUGUGUCCUACCUGGUGGUGUUCGGGGUGAAGACGGCCUGCACCGACUGGGGCCAGCUGUUUCUCAUUCAGGACAAGGGCCAGUCUACACUUAUGGGUAGCUCAUACAUGAGUGCUCUGGAGGUUGGAGGUCUGUUGGGCAGUCUCGCAGCAGGUUACUUCUCUGACAAGGCGGUGGCCAAACAAGGCAUGAGAAUCUAUGGCAACCCUCGCCAUUUCAUCCUGAUCAUCAUGAUGGCUGGCAUGUUUGUGUCCAUGUAUCUGUUCAGAGUCACAGUCACUCCAGACAGUCCGAAGAUGUGGAUUAUUGUCUUGGGUGCUGUUUUUGGUUUCUCCUCCUAUGGACCAAUAGCAUUGUUUGGCGUUAUAGCCAAUGAGAGCGCCCCGUCCAACUACUGUGGGACGUCACAUGCCAUUGUGGCCCUAAUGGCCAACAUUGGUGGCUUCCUUUCUGGGCUUCCAUUCAGCACAAUCGCCAAGCACCACGGCUGGGAAAUGGCCUUCUGGGUAGCAGAGAUCAUCUGCGGCGUCACCGCUGUUGGAUUCUUCCUGCUGCGCAACAUCAAAACCAAGAUGGGUCACGUGUCCAAAAGGGCAGACUAAAAUAUAUCAUCACACCUCAGUUUUCAGAGGAAGCUGAAUAUUUUGAGUCAUCAUUGUAUUUUCAUAUUUUUCUUCUUGAUUUUUUUUUUUUUUUUUUUUAUACCACAGUAUUUUCUCAGUCAGUCAUACAGGGCAUAAGUGUAAACGAAGCUCAGAAAUGUUGAUGACUUAUUCAUCAGAAAGUUGUGUAUGGUGCUUCUCUACAUACUGUAUUCCCAGUCUGUACAAAGUACAUUAAUAAUUCAACAAGGGAAUGUAAAUGACUUCACAUUAUGUAUGACAUGCGGUGCAAUGAAAUGUGGCAAAAACACAACUAGAGAACUGUUUCCUUCCUGAAGGCCGCUGAAGUUUUAAUGAUAAUAGAACAAAACUAGAAACUGGUUUUUGGUACUGGUUGCUGUACAGUAUCUUUUGUAAAAUAACUUUGUAAUUAUGAAUCAUAAAUCAAAUUAAAAGACUUAUAAGAUGCUCCUCUUUUUUUGAAGAAAGCCGUCCAAGGCCUUAAUAAAUGAUACCAUGUUGUUACUCUUUUUUCAUUCA